AUGCCUAAUAAAAUCCAUGGUCCUUGUUCUGUCCAAAAUUGCCAAUCAAGUCAAUCUAGAUACCGUACAUUUACAAAAUGUGCCUAUGAUAAGGCAGUAAAAAAAGGAUCCUAUCCUACAUAUAAUUACUUGGAAAUUGGUCAACCAAUUUGCUAUCCACAUUAUUUAGCUAUUGCAGAGCCUGACAGAUAUACCCGUUAUAAAAAUACAGAAAUUCCACCAUCUGAUCUAUCAGAUGAUAAAUCAAAAGAUAUAAAUAGUGGAGAAACUAUUGGUGCUGAGGUAAAUAAUAAUUUAGGACUUGUCAAUAACUUGGAAAUGUUAACAAAAGCAUUACACAACCUACAAAGAAAGAAAGGCAUUGAUGUUGAAUUGGACCCAAUUAAGUUUCAAGAUCUAAUUGAGGAAGAGCAACCCCCACUGAAAGGUUUUUUUAAAGAAAUGUGUGAUGCACUUAUACCAAAAACCAGAUCAGCAUACAAUCAGAAUGAAGGAAAGACUGCAGUUGUGGCAUUGUGCUAUCAAAUGGCUGGAAUGAGAAAUAAGUUUGUAAAUGAUUACAAACUAUAUAUUGGAUUGUAUUUAGCAGCAAAAGGUACCUGUUGGGAGGCAAUUGAUACAAUGGCAAGUGCUGGAAUAUCAGUAUGUGCCAAGACUGUGGAGAAUUACAGGAAAAAAAUUGCAAAAAAGCAUCCUAUUAAAUUAAGAGAGUAUUUUUGUGAGCAGCGUAAUGAGCAUUGUUCAUUUAGAGAGUUCAUAGAUCUAUACCAGAAAAUGAUUAUAGAAUCUCCACCCGAUACUGAUAACUGGUGCGGCUUAGAAGUGGCAUGGGAAACAAGAUUCUUAAGAAAUAUAAAAGAUAUUAUUCCUGAAAAAUACAAUAAUAUAUAUGAAAAGGUGAAAUCAGAAACUUUAAAUAGGUCUUUAAUGAAUUAUUGGCAAAAUAUUAUCAAUGAAAAAGAACGAAUUUCUGUAAUAAAUACUCAUAUAUCUGGUAGCUUAAAGAUAUUGGACAACACAGACGUAAUUAUUUCAAAAGUCUCGAAUCUUAGUUCGUAUGAAGAUCAAUUACGAAAAAGGAGUCUUGAUAGUGCUGGUAAUAAUGACGUUGCAGAUACUACUACCCAUUAUGCAAAGCAUCCCUCGAAAUUGAUGACUGAUGUUCUUUCAACUGAUUCUAAAAGAACCAAGAAAACUUUUCAUUUUACUCGUUUAAAAACUAUAAAAAACUUGCCUGGAAUACACCCCGAAGCUCGUGAGGAGUAG